AAAAAAAUGACAAAUUUGGUAAUUACAUUCUAUAUAUUUUUUCUUUUAAGGAUUUGCUAUGUUGGUUACGAGCAAUCUCAAGUACCCAGCAACCACAAGAGCUUAUUCUCCUCAUCCUCAUUUUCUAUUGAUAUCCUCCCAUCACAAAUUAUCUCUGCCAAAACGCCAUUGAUUCGAUUCAAUUCGCUCGCAUAAAAUUCGACUUCUCAGCUCAGCAUUUCAUUUUCUGGGAUUCUCGCUGCGGAGCCAAGCUUCUGGGUAUCAAUUAGAAUUUCGUUAAUGGAGAAAAGGAUCUUCUUGUUGCUGUUGGUUAUUCUGUUUUGGAAUUUAACGUUCACCGCCGUUGACGGUGUAUCCGUUACCGUUAGGGUUCCAGUUUGUGCUAUGAGGUCUGUUAAAGAUUACACCUUAGGGUUUCGGGAUCAGUCUUGUCCAGUUUAUGAUGAUGAUAAAUUACCCGAGCGUCCUCAUUUCACCGAGGGUGAUGAGCGUUGGUUGCAAAUAGCUUUUGAUAUGAUUCAUAAGAACAAGUGUGACUAUGUGGCUUUGCUCUUCUAUGCAUCAUGGUGUCCUUUCUCAAGGUCUUUUACACCCACUUUUGAUCUCAUCUCUUCUCUCUACUCUUCCAUUCCUCACUUUGCAAUUAAGGAAUCAUCCGUUAAGCCAAGUACUCUCUCUAAAUAUGGAGUUCAUGGGUUUCCUACUCUCUUACUUAUGAAUUCAACUAUGCGGGCACGAUACCGAGGCACCAGAAUGCUUGAUUCUCUUGUUGCCUUCUACAGAGAUGUUACUGGCAUUGAAACGCUGGAUCAGGCUUCUCUCGAGAGGAGCUUAUUGGUUCCUCAUCUCGGGAACGGAAACAACACUGAGCCAGAGAACUGCCCUUUCACAUGGGCAAGAUCGCCUGAGAAUAUGCUUCGACAAGAAACCUAUCUAACUCUUGCUAUCCUAUUCGUACUGUUGAGAUUGCUUCAUUUCGUUUUCCCUGCACUGGUUGUGUUUGCCAAGUUUACUUGGCCACGGAUUGCUCGAAACAUGAGAUUAGAAAGCCUGCAAGAACAUACCGUAGGAUUUCUGAGCCGGCUAUGCUUGUAUCUUAAAGAGCCUUGCAAGAGGAGCAACCUGCAGGGAGGAGCCAUGAACGCUAGAGCAUGGGCCUCCAAGUCGUUGGCAACUGUCACAAUUGGGGAGUCCAGCUCAUCAAACAGAGCAAGUUCAGCUUCUCAAUGACUUGAAACUGCUUUAGGGUAGCAAAUUUAAUCAGCUAAAAUGUUUGGAUGUAUCAGGCACUUUUCAAGAUAAAGUUGUCUCUUUCCUGUAUAAUCAGCGGUUCCUCUGGAUUGGGGUUAAUUCAUAGCCAAAUAUUUUGUACCAAAAAUCAGUCAGAUGGCAAAUAUUAUAUAAAGUCAGUUCCUGAUUA